AUGGAGAUUUCCGUUCCCAAUCGUCUUGUCAAUCACUCUUUUUCUUCUUCCCCAUUAUCAUCUCAACCUCUGAAGACUGGGGUUAGGUUUUUACAGCCCAAUCUCAUCCCUACACGCCUUAACCGCUCCAAACCCUCUACUCCAAUUGGAAUCGGCGCUCAGAGAACAAUGAUCCCUAGUGCCUCGAACAAUGGCUCUCCAACUAUCUCUAAUUUAGUCGAUUCCGUGGGAGGAGGGAGAAUCGGAGAGGUCAAAAGGGUUACGAAAGAGACGAAUGUAUCGGUGAAGAUAGACUUGGAUGGUUCAGGUGUUGCUGAUAGCAGUACUGGAAUUCCUUUUCUUGAUCACAUGUUGGAUCAACUUGCUUCGCAUGGGUUGUUCAACGUGCAUGUAAAGGCUACUGGGGAUAUUCACAUUGAUGAUCAUCACACGAAUGAGGAUGUUGCCCUCGCCAUUGGAACGGCUUUGCUGCAAGCACUUGGUGAUAGGAAAGGAAUUAACCGGUUUGGUGACUUCUCCGCUCCCCUUGACGAAGCACUAAUACACGUUUCACUGGAUUUAUCUGGACGGCCCCAUUUGAAUUAUGAUUUAUGCAUACCCACUGAGAGAGUAGGAACGUAUGACACACAGCUGGUGGAGCACUUUUUCCAGUCUUUGGUCAAUACUUCUGGAAUGACGCUCCACAUACGACAGCUUGCUGGGAAAAAUUCUCACCAUAUUAUUGAGGCAACCUUCAAGGCUUUUGCAAGAGCUCUUCGACAGGCAACAGAAUAUGACCCACGUCGUCGUGGAAGUGUGCCAAGGUUUGAAACUAUAUUUGUUUGGAUGCGAUUGCAUGAAUGAUCUCAAGUCUCUGCAGAUAAUGAGACCUAAUUCCAGAUACAUCUGAUCUCUUUAAGCUGGCCAGAAAUGUAGAAGUUCUGAGUGUAAUAUGUAACUAUGUGGUUGCAUUGUAAAGGUUUCUUUGAAUUUUAAUGUUCAAAGCUAUCUCUAUG